CCUUUGUGUGGUGUAUAUGUGGGCGUGGCCAUUGCUGACACAAGUCCAAUAGGAAUCGGCACUGAAAGCGGAAUUGCAAACGGUAUUGGAAUCAAGGAGCUCAAGUGCCCCGGGCACCCCCUCCUCACUGGAGGGGCAGCUGAGGCAGCUGCAGCGCCAAACCACAGCAAUAACAACAGCAGCAACAAGGAAGUGGAGGUGGAGGCUGGACAUUGAAGAGAAGGAUGCCGACACCAAUGCCACUGCCAUUGGCGCUGGCAGCGACGUCGAUGUCGACGUUGACGUCGACGUCAACGGAGAUGCCAGUCGAUGAGAUUGCCGCUGCAAAAACGUUUUCGGAUGCGGAUGUGGAGGAAGUGCGGCACGUUGUGCAACGCAUUUUGGUGCCGUGCAUUUUUGUUAUUGGACUAUUGGGAAAUACAGUGAGCAUUUGUGUUUUGACGCGGAAGCGUAUGAGGUGCACCACAAACAUUUAUCUAACGGCUCUGGCAAUUACGGACAUUGCGUACCUGACCCUUGUAUUAAUUUUAUCAUUCAAACACUACGAAUACACCAAAUACAAUAGCGAGCUAUACUUUAAGCUCUUUGGUUUUCUGAUGUGGCUCUGUGAUGCGUGUGCGUACAUCUCAACUUACAUAGCCGUGUGCUUUACCAUCGAGCGAUUUAUAGCGAUACGCUAUCCGCUCAAAAGACAAACAUUCUGCACAGAGUCGCUGGCCAAGAAGGUAAUAGCAGCCGUCGCGCUCUUCUGCCUGCUGACCACGCUCUCAACGGCGUUCGAGCACACAUAUGCCAUCGAUACGAAAUUGAUUGAUGACGCCUACAGGCCCUGCAAUCAGACCCUGGCAAAUGUGUCGCCCACACCCGCCCCGCCCACUCCGGCGACCGCAUGGCAUCCAGAUCCAGAUGAGCAUGCAACCAAUCACACUGGCCAUGUCACCACGCCAUCCUCUCCCAGCUUUUUGGAGCACUUUGAUUUGGGCAGCGGAAGCGAAAGCGGAAGCGGAAGCGGCUUUGGUGACUCGGACCACAUUCCAAACAGGCAGCGUAGCUUACCAACAGCCUCCACGUUCGCCUCGGUGGGCGUGGCAGCGCCAGCCACUGAGCCAACACCGGCGACCACUGAGAGUUUGUUGCAGUUGUCACGUGCCAGACGCAGAAGCAGACGCAGCGAGGAAAACAACAUCAUAAGCGAUGUCAGCUCCAACUACAACAACGAUAAUUACAGCAGUUACAACAAUAACAGCGUGUUCGAUUUUAACGUAACGGAAUUAUGUCAAAGUAGGACCUUCUAUAUGAAUACGCUAUCAAGUCUCGGCAAGAACAGUCUGUACAACAAUAUCUGGAGUAUGUUUACAUUGGUGGUGUUUGUUUUGCUGCCACUUUUUGUGCUUGCAACCUUCAACUGUUUCCUGAUUCUUCUCGUGCAUCGCUCAAAGAGUUUGCGUGGCGAUUUGACCAAUGCCAGCAGCAUAAGACGCACUAAGCGCAAGUCCAACUCCGGGAUUACGGGCAGCGUAUCGCAGGAGAAUCGAGUGACAAUCACAUUGAUUGCGGUGGUGUUGCUUUUCAUCGUGUGUCAGGUGCCAUGGGCAAUAUUCUUGAUAUGCACUCAGUAUGUAGAUAUUGAGCAGAAUAAUCAAACAAUCGCUGGCAAUGUGUGCAAUACUUUGGUGGCCAUCAAUGCGGCUGCCAAUUUUUUCUUAUACUGCGUGCUGUCGGACAAGUAUCGGAAGACGGUGCGUGAGCUUAUCACUGGCUAUCGUUAUCGUCAUCGACAUGCACGCAACAAUAUGAGUCUCUAUGUGCCCCACACGACAACCACACUCAAUGGAGAUGGCCACAGUGGUGCUGAUGGUGGCAACUCUGCUGGUUACAGUGCCUACAGUGGUGCAAGCAGUCGACGGUGUCGUGCCAAAGCUGCCGCAACGGGUCGUCUAAUUGCGUGAGUCACGAAUCACGAGUCACGCCGGCACGAGUGGAUCAUUAAGUCGGUCAAGAAGUCAGACAGUUUGUUUUUAUCUCUAAUUACUUUUAACUCUCUGUUAGUCUAAGUCAACAACAUAAACUACAAUGUAUAUAAAUAUCUAAUAUAUCCAUACAUUUGUGCCAUAAUGUGAUGAUUAUAGUCUUUAGGCUAGUUAUCCUAAUCGUAAUUGUUGUUGUCCUAAGUGUCAUAAAUGUAGUUUACUUAAAGUAUAAAUAAACAGCAAAAAUCCAAUCACAA